GUGUAAGCAUCACCAGAACACUCUCAAGCCAACUCCGACAAAUCCGCCCUCUCUUCUUUCCUAACGAGAAGAGAAAGACGAACCAAUGUGCCGCCUUUACGUUCGCAAUAUGAUCUUUUAUAUUGGCCACCACGUAGAGCAUUUCGUUUGCUGUCAGAUACGUGAUCUCUGCUCUCACUCCACGACAAGAUUCUUGGCUUCCUCUUCUCCCAGAAGCCACUCUUCCUUUUCGCACCGUCAUCUCUCUGUGAUAGAAAACCACGCUUCUUCCCCACCUGCUAUCUUUUAGGUUUCUAAAGUUGGUGCAGUGCAGCAGAUGAGUUCUUACCUGUCUAAAGUUGAAUUCCUCGAUCCUUCAUCUUCUUUUGCAGCAGAAUUAUGAGCCUCGGUUGCUUGUGUGCUUUGCUUCUUGAGGGGUUUUGCACCUUUGAGCUCUGCUUUAAUCCAGUAAUACUUCUUAAGCUUAAUUCGAGCUCAGAGUUGGUUGCAAUAGUAGGGGGAUGAUGCAUCAGCAGUUUGAGAUGGGGAGGUCAUCUGAGCUCCUGAAGGUGGUGUCAUGGCUUUGUUUGGUGGGGGGUGUGUGUGGGAUUGGUGCCAACUGGGGAACACAGGCGAGCCACCGGCUGCCGCCGCGCACGGUGGUUCAGAUGCUCAAGGACAAUGGAAUCCAGAAGGUGAAGCUGUUUGAUGCAGAGGAUAGGACUCUGAGUGCCCUUGCCAAGACCGGGAUUCAGGUGAUGGUGGGGAUUCCCAACGACAUGCUGGCUGGCCUUGCGGCCGACGAGAAGACGGCGGGGAGAUGGGUGUCGAAGAAUGUCUCGAAAUAUAUCAACAAUGGAGUUGAUAUCAGGUACGUGGCUGUUGGUAAUGAGCCUUUCUUAGAGACAUACAAUGGGACUUUUCUCCGAUCGACAUACCCAGCACUUCAAAAUAUCCAAGCAGCUCUUAUCGCAGCUGGAUUGAGCAACCAGGUCAAAGUCACAGUCCCUCUCAAUGCUGAUGUCUAUGGGUCAUCAAGCGAUAAACCUUCUGGUGGAGAUUUCCGCACGGACAUCCAUGAUCUCAUGCUUUCUAUCGUCAAAUUCCUUAAUGACAAUGGUGCUCCCUUUACCGUCAAUAUUUACCCGUUCAUCAGUCUCUACAACGAUCCCAAUUUUCCUGUGGACUAUGCAUUCUUUGAAGGUUCUCCAACCCCUAUAGUUGAUGGCACAAUUACGUACAGUAAUGUGUUUGAUGCGAACCAUGAUACUCUCAUAGCGGCACUGCAGAAGAAUGGCUUCGGGAAUGUAUCUAUCAUUGUUGGUGAGAUCGGUUGGCCCACCGAUGGAGACAUAAAUGCAAAUCCACUGUUUGCUCAACGAUUCAAUCAGGGUUUCAUGAACCAUAUUUCAAAUAGCAAUGGCACACCACUGAGACCUGGACCUAUCGAUGCCUAUCUGUUUAGUUUGAUCGACGAAGAUGAAAAGAGUGUCCAGCCAGGUAAUUUUGAGAGGCACUGGGGUAUUUUUGCCUACGAUGGCAGUCCAAAAUAUCAGCUAAAUCUCCGCACGGCAUCAAAUUCUAGUACACUAAUUAGAGCAAAGGAUAUCAAAUAUUUGGACAGGAAAUGGUGUGUGCUGAAGCCUUCAGCUAAUCUUGAUGAUUCUGAGAUUGCGCCAAGUGUGAGCUAUGCAUGUGGAAAAGCAGAUUGCACAAGCCUUGGAUAUAAGACAUCAUGCGGGGAUCUUGAUGUGCGAGGAAACAUUUCAUAUGCAUUCAACAGCUACUACCAGAAGAAUGGCCAGGAUGACAGGGCCUGUGGAUUCUCAGGCUUGGCGACCAUCACCGAGAAGGAUCCGUCGACUACAACCUGUAAAUUCAACAUCAUGAUUGAUGUUGGUUCUGGAACAUCAUGGAAAACACGAACACAGAUGGAACUCAGCCUUAAUUUCUUUUGGUAUAUGGUUCUUCCAUUUACACUGGCAUUAGUGUGAAAUAUGUACUGCUAUAUUGCCAUUCCUGAAUCGUAGUUGUAAUUAUGUUCUAGUGACAGGAGUAUUCAUUUACAUUAUAA